CGUCAUUUGACGCAGCCUGAAAUGGUCGCCAAACUGGUCUUUCAAACCCGGAAGUCACCUGCUCCAAUUCGGUAAAGUGCGCCUUAAGCCAAAUGAAAUGAGAAAUACGCCCUUUCAUAAAUACUAGUUUUCGAAGGAAGAAAACAAGUGACAGCAUGAAAUAUCUUGUCGUAGUGUGACUGUUCUUUUCGAAAUGCUGAAUUGCUAUCGAAGGCUAAAAAGAUGGAUCUGAGCAGAGCAGACGAAGACUCGUACACAAAUAACCUCAUCGGGACUUUGCUUGGCAUUUUUGGAAACGUGCUUGUCAGCAUCUCUUUAAAUAUUCAGAAAUAUGGCCAUGUGACCGUCGUGGGAGCCAAGGACCCACGCAUCUUCUACCACACAAAAACCUGGUGGUUUGGCUUUUUUCUGGCCAUUCUCGGCGAAGCAGCUAACUUCGUGUCAUACGCCUUCGCACCUCUCAGCCUCAUAGUACCCCUCAAUGCCGUCUCCAUCCUGACAAGCUACAUUCUGGGUUUUAUUUUCAUGCAUGAGAAAUCAAAGCCAAAAGACUUUGCAAAGCGCCACGGGCUGUCCUUCCUUGGUUCCGUCCUAGUUGUCGGAGGUGCAUACCUCUUUGUGGCUUUUGGGCCAAACACGCAUGAAAAGCUGACAGCGGAAGUCGUAGUGAAACACCUCGUCGGAUGGCCCGUUCUUUUAUAUCUGGUCUUGGAGAUCAUCAUGUUCUGCCUGCUUUUAUAUUUCUACAAACAGAAAAAUGCAAACUACCUCGUCAUCAUCCUGCUGCUGGUUGCUUUGCUGGGUUCAGUCACAGUCAUCUCAGUGAAGGCCGUGUCCCACAUGUUGAUAUUGAGCCUCGAGGGCUCCAUGCAGCUUGACUAUCCAAUCUUCACUGUCAUGUUUGUGUGCAUGGUGUCGACAAUCGUCUUUCAAGCCAGUUUUCUCUCCCAAGCCUCCAAGCUGUACGAUUCGUGCCAGAUCGCCAGCAUGAACUACAUCCUGUCCACCAUCUUGGCAGUCUUGGCAGGAGCUGUGUUUUACUUGGAAUUCAAUCAUGAAGACAUCCUUCACAUCUGCAUGUUCUUAUUGGGAACUGCGGCAUGCUAUCUGGGUGUCUUCCUCAUCACCAAAAUCAGGAAGAAGAACAAGAACUUUGAGCCCUACGUCACCAUGAAUAUGAGUAACGGUGUACCAACCAUUCACAGCAAGGGUCCGGAGGUUGCGGCUGACUUCACAGGUACUUUCUCUUAUGGCGCUCUGGUCAACAAUGACGGAACCACUUCUUCUAAUCAGGCCGUCAACACGGAGCAACCCACCACCAGCUUCAGACCCACGCGGGCAUCGAAUGGACCUCCUGACAGGAAGCAAGAUUAGUUACAAGCGUUGACGUCUGUUGGUUGGUGGAAACUCCAAAGUCAAAUAGAAUCCAUUCAGUGAUGGGAGAAAAGUUCCCAUUAAGGUGAAGUGGAUUGCUUCAUUCAAAACUAAAAACGUUAUUGGACCAAGAUAGCUUUUCACAUUUAAAAUCCCUACAUGAGGUACCUGUACAUCUUCUAAAUUUGUGAUACCACAGUUAAUAGUUUCGUGAACAACCCCGCACAUGUUUUGAGCGAUUAUCGUCAAACAUGUAUGAUGUAUUUAGAAACAAAUCUCUGAAUUGGCUUCACAUUAACCACGGUGUGAGCAAACCUUUUGAGGUUUAAAAAAAAAAAAAAAAAGGAUCGGGAAAAUUUUGACUUUGGAGCUUCCCUGUAUGUGUGUCUGCCUAUACAACUGCAAGGAUGCCCUGAAAGGAAGCUUGACAUACCUAAGGUACAAUCAUGCUCAGGACCAGCAAAACAACUUUUAAAGGUGCUGGAUUUUUAAACAGUACAUGUGUAAAUGUGACGUAUGCCUUGAAGCUGACCGCCUGUAGUAUUGGAAAUACACGAGGAGAGUUCAUACUGUUUGGAGGCUAUUUCUGUGUCCUCGGUGAUCUCCGCAGACUGCCGGAGCCUCGCCAAUGAUCGCUUUAAAUUCAGGAGUUCUGUAAAUGAUCUGCCUUUUAAGAUGUCUCCCUUCACUCCAAUUUUACCUCCUCUUUUGGGGGUUGUAUUAUUACUUUUUUUCCGUUAACGGGUCCAAUGCAAAUGCUUUAAUUUAUUGUAUUUAUUGAUUUAUUGUGCCUUAAAAGGGAGUAGCGCUACACUGGAUAAAAACAAACAACCAUCCAUGUCUAUAUUGUACUGAGGCAAAUUUCUCAUUUUGCCUCAAAGAUCAGAAAAAAUUUGAUUUAUGCAGUUCAAUUGACCCGAUAACUCAGGUUUGUACUUAAGUUGAAAUCCAAAAAUAAAUACAAGAUGCUCAUGUUUU